GAGGACCGUGGCCCAGGGUGGGGGUUUGGGGAGGCAGGGGACAGCCGUGGACUUCCUGGGCUGGGCUUCCGGUGGCACUGGACAGUGGACUCUGACCUGGGACACUGCUGCCCUUGGCCUCCCCACACUGCCACUGUCACCAUGCUGCCCCCUGGGACCCCACUGCUCUUGACCCUGCUGCUGGUGGCCAACUCACUGGGCCAGAGGAUUCGGCCCCGCCGGCCCCCAACCCUUGUCAGCACCAUCCAACCCAAGGCCAGGUUCAGUGCCCAGCAGUUUUCAGGGACAUGGCUCCUCGUGGGUGUGGGCUCUGCCUGCCGCUCUCUACAGGAGCAGGGUCACCAGGCUGAGGCCACCACACUGCACGUGGCUCCCCAGGGUGCAGCCAUGCUCAUCAGCACCUCCCGCAAGCUGGAUGGGGUCUGUUGGCAGGUGCGGCAGCUUUACAGAGACACAGGGGUCCCCGGCCGCUUCCUGCUCCAAGCCCGAGGUGCCCGGGGCCCUGUGCACGUGGUGGUCGCUGCGACGGACUACCAGGGCUUCGCCAUUCUGUACCUGGAGCGGGCAAGGCAGCUGUCUGUGAAGCUGUACGCCCGCUCGCUGCCUGUGAGUGGCUCUGUCCUGAGUGUGUUCGAGCAGCAGGUCAAGGGAGCCAACCUGACUGAAGACCAGAUCUUAUACUUCCCCAAGUAUGGUUUCUGCGCGGCUGCCGACGAGUUCCAUAUCCUAGAUGAAGUGAGGAGGUGAGGCCUGUGAGACCCUCGAUGGUGGACCUGCUGCCCUCCUCGGCACCCAGAGCAGUGCAGCCACAUAGGGCCCUGCGCAUCUGCCCCUGGAAGCCGCCUCCACCUGGGAACUCAUUAAACAUCACACUGGACCCCUGACUCCUUUUGGUGCCUGCUAGCACUAGGGGGGAAGGUGGCUUGUUCCCCUGGCCAUUUGAGAACUGCCCCCUCCAGGGAGUGGGGCUGGAAACAUCUUCCUAGAAGCACCUGGGCCCUGACUUCCCCUGGGCCUCAGUUUCCCCCUGCUGUGAAGCCCGGCUCUGCAGGGGCUGUGCUUCCCUUACCCCAUGCUAGCCUCUGGGCUGCCCGUCUCCAACAGCCUACUGGGCCCCAGGGCCCUGCCCAGGUGCACUUACCUGAGGAGAACACAGCUCCUGCCCGGAGGUCUUGGCCUCAUAUCCCUGACCCCCUCCCGGAAGCUGAAGAGCCAGAGGCCUAGGGGCCCCUGUGGCCUGCGGCAGGACAGCCCUGUCAGAGAUGGGCAGAGGGGUACCUUCACCAUCACGGGACAUGGUGCCUGGCUGAGCUGAGCCGUUGUCCCUCUUAGGAAGAUGUGAGGCCUGAUGUCCUGUACUCUGUGAGCCAGGGACUCCUGGGAGCAGGACUGGCCACAGGGUGCCCCUUGCCAGGGAGAUUCUGGGGGGAGGGAAAACAGUUGAAGCAGAGAGGUGGAGGUCUCUGGGGGUGAGCUAAGGUGGGCCUGGGACUCUGGACACAGGAGGAACCCCUGACGGGCCGGGCAGCCCCCAGAGCUCACACCCAGAGUCCAACCAGGUCACAGGCAGGGUGGUGGGUGGGGCAGGACCUUGGAGCUGGGUCCCUUGCUCAGCAUGUCCUCCCUUCUAGUGUCCGCCUUGCCUCGGGCUGUGGGGGGACCCAGGGUGCUCAGUGAGCUUUGGGCCACAGAGAACGGGAACAGCAUUGGGGGUCUGGAGCAGCCUUGCCUGCGGCCCAGCCCAGGGAGCACAGAAGGCCUCAGGCUGGGUGGGGGCUACAAGGAAGAGCAGCCCUCCCACAGCUCCACAUCCUGCGGGUCCCCUUGCAACCCCCAGUGGCCCUGUGCAGCUGGACUCGGGAGGGUGGAUAAGUGGGGCUGGAGGGAGUAGGAGGCAGGGCCAGAGGGACAGGGCCACAGAGGACUGCCCCCAGCUCCAUGUCCCAGAGGCCCAAAAAAUAGGGACCCCAAGGGCAACCAUGUCACACGGGGCCCUGAAGAAAGACCCUGAGGGCUCCGGGCCCCAAGGAGCCUCCUCCAGCCUGGCAGUGUCCCCAGACAGGAGCUGCGGCUCCCGAGUGAGCCUGCUAGUCUUUCUGUUCUGGGGAGGCGCCGAGGCCCUCUGAGAGCGCCAGUGGCCUGGACCUGCGAAUCUGCCAUGGGUCUGGGGGCAGUUGACCAAGGCGACUUGGUUCCUUGCAGGGGACUAGAAGAUGCAGCGACUAGAAUCGACACACAUUUCAUUUUCAUAAAUUCAUGAUUUCAUAAAAUUAACAAGCUCCAAUUAAAUGUUCAAGCAUUAGGUU